CAAUGAAGAGAGGUGGGGUUUAACAUUGUUGCGCGUUCUCGUCUUCCAAGCUUGUGCAGCAGGGGCGCGCGUAGAAGCGCUGGGGCUCGUGCUUACCGCCAGUACACAAAGCUUCUGCCGCCGGUACGUGGAACGUGUCCCUACUACUCCUGUUGCUCCUUCUGGAUAUUCGGCCCGCCUCUUUACCUUUCUUUGAGGCCACGCCCCCACAUAUUCCAGGCUGAUGCUCACUACUAAGAAGUCCGAAACCAGUGGGGGUGGUGAGAACGGUAGCGACCCGCAGCUCCCUGCUUCUUCCUCUUCUUCAUCCUCCUCCUCAUCGUCUUCUUCUUCAGGGAUCAUGGCUUCGCCGGACACAGGGACUGGCCUAGAGAGGACUCCAAGGAAGAAGGAGAGGGCCUCCCCUGGGACAGAGCAUGGAGCCUCCUCUGCUCCUAGUAUCAUGGCGGGCGGGGAAGGGGGGCUGCCGGAGACCCCUGAGGGCCGGAGGACCAGCCGCAGGAAGAGGGCAAAGGUGGAGUAUCGCGAAAUGGAUGAAAGUUUGGCAAAUCUCUCAGAAGACGAGUAUUAUUCUGAAGAGGAAAGAAAUGCAAAAGCAGAGAGAGAUAAGAAAGUGCCACCUCCUCCUCCUCCACAAGCCCCCCCAGAAGAAGAAAUUGAAAGUGAGCCUGAGGAGCCUAAUGGUGUAGAGGGUGCAGCUUUUCAGAGUAGACUCCCACAUGACAGAAUGACUUCCCAAGAGGCGGCAUGCUUCCCAGAUAUCAUCAGUGGUCCACAGCAGACCCAGAAAGUUUUUCUGUAUAUUCGAAAUCGUACAUUGCAGUUGUGGUUAGACAAUCCAAAGGUUCAGCUUAUCUUUGAGAAUUCGCUUCAGCAAUUGGAAGCUCCUUACAAUAGUGAUUCUGUGCUGGUACAUAGAAUACACUGCUAUCUUGAGAGGCAUGGUUUAAUAAACUUCGGUAUUUACAAAAGACUGAAGCCAUUACCAACAAAGAAAACAGGAAAGGUCAUCAUCAUUGGAUCAGGUGUUUCAGGCCUGGCUGCAGCUAGACAGCUGCAGAGUUUUGGCAUGGAUGUUACAGUGUUGGAGGCCAGGGAUCGAGUUGGUGGAAGAGUUGCUACAUUUCGUAAAGGAAACUAUGUUGCUGAUUUAGGUGCAAUGGUGGUCACGGGACUUGGUGGAAAUCCAAUGGCUGUAAUUAGUAAGCAAGUUAACAUGGAACUCGCUAAAAUCAAGCAAAAGUGCCCACUCUAUGAGGCUAAUGGACAAGCUGUCCCAAAAGAAAAGGAUGAAAUGGUAGAACAAGAGUUCAAUCGUUUAUUGGAAGCUACAUCCUAUCUGAGCCAUCAACUUGACUUCAACAUUCUGAACAAUAAACCUGUCUCUCUAGGGCAGGCUUUGGAAGUGGUUAUACAGUUGCAAGAAAAGCAUGUCAAAGACGAACAAAUAGAACACUGGAAAAAAAUAGUAAAAACGCAGGAUGAAUUGAAGGAGCUUCUUAAUAAGAUGGUUAACGUCAAAGAAAAGAUCAAAGAAUUUCAUCAGCAGUACAAGGAGGCAUCUGAAGUAAAGCCUCCACGUGACAUCACCGCCGAAUUCUUGGUGAAGUGUAAACACCGAGACCUCACAGCAUUUUGCAAGGAAUAUGACCAGUUAGCAGAAACCCAGGUGAAACUUGAAGAAAAAUUACAAGAACUUGAGGCCAAUCCUCCUAGUGAUGUUUACCUGUCAUCUCGAGACAGACAGAUAUUGGAUUGGCAUUUUGCAAACUUAGAAUUUGCUAAUGCAACCCCCCUCUCAACCCUCUCUCUGAAGCACUGGGAUCAGGAUGAUGACUUUGAAUUCACAGGCAGCCACCUAACAGUCCGAAAUGGUUAUUCUUGUGUUCCUGUGGCAUUAGCAGAAGGACUGGACAUUAAAUUAAAUACUGCAGUCCGACAAGUACGAUACACAGCAUCAGGAUGUGAAGUUAUAGCAGUUAACACUCGAUCUACAAGCCAGACUUUCAUUUAUAAAUGUGAUGCUGUCCUUUGUACUCUUCCACUGGGUGUACUUAAACAACAGCCACCAGCGGUUCAGUUUGUUCCCCCACUUCCAGAGUGGAAGACAUCUGCUGUUCAAAGAAUGGGAUUUGGAAACCUCAACAAAGUGGUACUCUGCUUUGACAGAGUAUUUUGGGACCCCUCCGUAAACUUGUUUGGUCAUGUUGGGAGCACCACUGCCAGCAGAGGGGAGCUUUUCUUGUUCUGGAAUCUCUACAGAGCACCAAUAUUGCUGGCUUUGGUAGCAGGAGAAGCUGCAGGAAUUAUGGAAAAUAUCAGUGAUGAUGUUAUUGUUGGACGCUGUUUGGCCAUCCUCAAAGGGAUAUUUGGAAGCAGUGCUGUUCCUCAGCCAAAAGAAACUGUUGUCAGCCGCUGGCGGGCUGACCCAUGGGCCAGAGGUUCUUAUUCAUACGUGGCUGCUGGAUCUUCAGGAAAUGAUUAUGACUUAAUGGCUCAGCCAAUUACUCCUGGCCCUGCCAUUCCUGGUGCACCACAGCCUAUACCGCGCCUUUUCUUUGCGGGUGAACACACCAUUAGAAAUUAUCCAGCAACUGUCCACGGGGCUCUUCUGAGUGGAUUGAGGGAAGCUGGCCGUAUUGCUGACCAGUUCCUUGGAGUUGUGUAUAACCUACCUCGUCAGGCUACCCCUGGGCUUCCAGCACCAACGUUAUAGUAAGGUUCAACUGGAUCUUGAUAACAUGAUGGAUUAAUUACAUAUGGACAUGCCCCUUUCCAACCAACAAAAAGCAUUAAUGGAUUCUUAUUUUACUGCAGCUUUCUUCCCUGGCUGUUUUUUUAAAAAACGGAUAUUCAUGACAUGGAAACCAUGUUAGACUGCAUUAGUCAGCAUUUUUUAUCAUAAUAAAAUCACUGCUAAGGCCUUAAGCACACCGGUAUUUUGUCGAUUGCCCAGAAAGUUGGUACUUUUCUCCUUAACCCCUCUUAUAAAUUCUCUAUGUAGAGGAUUAAUGAGUGGUUGCAUUAGGAAAAGUGCUGGGCAGUGAAGAGACAAAAAAGUGGAUGUUUACCAAGCAUACAUUUUCAGUGAACUUACAAAAAGUAUUUCAAUAUAAUGGGGUGAAGGGGAUGUGAAUGUCCUUAUUGUUAACAUUAUUUUGGUAUGGAUCUGAUUUUUUUUUUUUUUGUAACCGUGAUUUAUAAAUCAUGUAUCCAUUAGCAUAAUGUCUUAUUGAGUUCUAUUUUAAAUAUUAAAAUUGUUUAUGAAAAUUA